UGAAAACCAGUGGCGGUCGUCUGUCUUAUGAUGUGGCGGGGAUUACUUGAUGCCUCUCUAGGCGGAGUGAUUCCGCGGAGAAACGAGCGGAGGAAUACGUUGAAGCUCUUCUCUGCCGCUUGCUUGGUAGCCAUGAUGGGAGCUUGAGCCUGCGGCUGUGGAGACAUGAAACGCGGGCAGGUUCCUGCACAGACCAUCACGGUCCUCCUAUAUCGGUGACUUUAGGGCCUUUACCCUUCUCUCCGGUCAGAGGAAGGCGUCAUCACGGAACUCUGUACUGAACACUGCAUUAUUUUCCACCAAGGAUAAUUUACCGAUUCACAUUUACCGAGCCCGGGGCUGGGCUGUGGAAAUAACGGCACAAUAACCGUCCCCUUUUUGCUGUCAUCAAACGUUACGUAAAGGGUGUCGGGGCUUUUUUUUUUUUUUUUUGCAACCACCGGAUCUGUUUCUGCUUUAGACACCACCCCCGUGUGGAUUUAUCGUGACUGUCCAAGGAAGUCGAUCUAGUCCCCGGUAUUUUAUAAUCCCUCUCCCCCCCGUCCGGCAAUACUCUGGCCUCCCCCGGUAGCCCUCGGAGCAGCACUAGGAGGAGGAGGAGGGGGCGGAGAGGGGAGUUUAGCGGCCGGACAGAGGAGGCAGAUCACGGAGUCGGGGCCGCUGCUGCCCCACAACAGCAGCACCCUUCAGCCCCGCUCUCCUCCUUUUUCCCGACCCCCAGGCUCCCCGACAUGACUGCCAUAAUCAAGGAAUUCGUCAGCAGAAACAAAAGGCGAUACCAGGAGGAUGGAUUCGAUUUAGACUUGACAUAUAUUUAUCCAAACAUAAUUGCUAUGGGUUUCCCUGCAGAAAGACUUGAAGGUGUAUACAGAAACAAUAUAGAUGAUGUAGUAAGGUUUUUGGACUCAAAGCAUAAAAACCAUUACAAAAUCUACAAUCUGUGUGCUGAAAGACAUUAUGAUACCAACAAAUUCAGCUGCAGAGUUGCACAGUAUCCUUUCGAAGAUCAUAACCCACCACAACUUGAGUUAAUCAAACCUUUCUGUGAAGAUCUUGACGAGUGGCUGAGUGAAAAUGACAAUGUAGCAGCGAUCCACUGUAAAGCUGGCAAAGGACGGACUGGUGUGAUGAUAUGUGCCUAUUUGCUACACAGAAAAAAAUUUAUUAAAGCACAAGAAGCUCUGGAUUUUUAUGGAGAAGUACGGACCAGAGACAAAAAGGGAGUGACUAUCCCCAGUCAAAGGCGCUAUGUAUAUUACUACAGCUACUUGCUAAAGAAUAAUCUGGAUUACAGGCCGGUGGCAUUGCUAUUUCACAAGAUGAUGUUUGAAACAAUUCCCAUGUUCAGUGGAGCAACCUGCAAUCCUCAUUUUGUGGUUUACCAGCUAAAGGUGAAGAUCUUCACCUCCACAGGACCCACAAGGCGUGAAGAAAAAUAUAUGUAUUUUGAAUUUCCUCAGGCUCUGCCUGUUUGUGGAGAUAUCAAAGUUGAGUUUUUCCACAAGCAAAACAAAGUGAUGAAAAAGGAAAAAAUGUUUCAUUUUUGGGUGAACACAUUUUUUGUGCCGGGACCCGAAGAAUAUUCAGAGAAAGUUGAAAAUGGGACAUUAGUUGGUGCACACGAACUAGAUGGCAUAUACAGCACAGAACGCUCUGACAAUGACAAGGAAUAUCUUACCCUCACUUUAACAAAAAAUGAUCUAGAUAAAGCUAAUAAAGAUAAGGCCAACAGAUACUUUUCUCCAAACUUCAAGGUGAAGCUAUUUUUCACUAAAACAGUAGAAGAAUCUUCAAACUCAGAAGCUAGCAGCACGACUUCCGUAACACCGGAUGUUAGUGACAAUGAACCUGAUCAUUAUCGAUAUUCUGACACCACUGACUCUGAUCCAGAGAAUGAACCUUUUGAUGAAGAUCAGAUUACACAAAUUACAAAAGUCUGAGGCUUUUUUUUUUUUUUUCCUUUUUUUUUAAAUCGAGGGAAAUAAAACCACAGAAGAGACAAACUUGAAUAAACUGAAAAAGGACCUUUUGUAAAUGUCAAAGGCUUAUCAGAAUACCAGAUUUAGCAGCAGUUAUGUUUAUCCUUGACCAAUGUUGCUUUAGCCCGUGGGGAGCGUUUUUUUUAUUUUAUUUUUGGCACUAUUGCCCACGUAAAAGAGAAAUCAGAGGUGAAGAAAAAAAAAAGAAAAAUGAAUGCAGCAAUCAAAAACGGAAAGCAAAAGGUUACCUAGUAAUGAUGUGUAAAUACCAUUUUUGUGUCUAAAGGACGUCUAAAAUCUUAAUUAGGAUAAAUAAAGAUGGCACUUUCCCAUUUUAUUCCAGGGUUUUUUUUUGUUUUUGUUUUUUUUUUUUGGCUUGUUUUUAAGUGGAAAUGUUUAUACGUAGGAAUUUUUACUUUUUUCUUGUUUUGUCACUAACUGAAGUUAAUGUGCUUUGUGAAAUAUCAGGUUCAUUUCCUGUCUCUUCACAGCCAAAGUGGCAACUGAUACAAUUGGCUAAAAUAAAUUAAUGUGUUUUUGUAGUUCUUCUGUAUUGUACAAAGUGGGAAGAAAUACUUUAAAAAAAAAAAAAAAAAAAAAUGGAAUCUAUGGUCAGCUGGAUUCAUAUACCAUCUCAAGCUACUUUACAUGCCCCAUAGCAUGCUACAAUAAUGAAUUAUCCAUGACCAUCAUAUAAGGAAUUUUCCACUGUUGCUGCUUCUUGUUUGUGCAUUUUAAAGCAUAAUGGUGCUAGAAAAAGGCAGCUAUUAGGGAGUGAUUCUGUAGAGGUACAGUAAUGAACAUCCAAAGUUCACAAGCGGGGCCCACACAUGGAGUUGUAAGCUUAUGGGGGGGUCACAGACAAUAACGCAUUAAGUGUUAUCAGUAGAAAUCUGGAGGCUAGGAACCCAUGAUAGGACUGAAUUUACAUUUUGUAACACACAAUUCAGUGACAGUAUCUCCCUUCCCUCUCAGUUCAAUGGCUGCUCCCUUUUGUUUAUGAAGGCCAGUGGUGAAUGAUGGAUGCUGUUAUUGCAUACAUUGUUUGAUGUACAGUUAUUGUAUUGGGUUUCCAUUCAUUUACCUGCUGUGAAUGCUUUAUGUGCUGCCUGCAAGCUUCUGCUUUCCCCCUACGCUUCAUAAAGGUUUUUUUUUUUUAUUAAAUGUUAAUAUUACACAGGAAACUUUAAUGUAUGAUUCUAGCAAAUUAUUUUUUGAAGAAAGCAGAACGUAUCCCUCUCUUCAGUUGCAUAGCUUUCAGCAGAUCCACCGUCUUGAUCUUACACAUUCUUUUACAGUAAGUUUUGCAGUUUUGCACACUUUUAAAUGUCAUUAACUGUUAGGGAAUUUUACUUGAAUGUUUCGUAUCUACAAUGUCGUAUUUUUUUUUUUUUUUAAAUAUAUAUACAUAUAUAUAUUUUUUAUUUACACAUGGUUAAGAGGACAGUGUUGCUUUAAACUUUUUCAACACUGCAGAUAAAAUUUGUGUAUAUCAAAAGUAUAAGUUGUCCCAAAUAUUCUUUAUUAUAUAUAAUGUCUAUUAAAAUAUUAGACGUCUGAA